AUGUCCAUGUGUGCAUCUUCUCACAAGGAGUUUUCUCAGUUACUGCCAAUUCAGGAUAUUGGACGUAGUAAAACAGAAAUUAAAAGCUCACCUUCUGGCAUCAACUCUCCUGUUUAUAGCUGCAGUCAGUCUGUUCUGACAAUGGAACAGAGUCCAAUUUAUAUUCCUUCAUCUUAUGUGGAAAACAGACAUGAAUAUUCUGCAAUGGCAUUCUACAGUCCUACUAUGAUGAAUUACAACAUUCCUAGCAAUUUUAGUGAUUCAGAAAGUGCAUCUGUAAGGCAGACAUCAAGCCCAAAUGUUUUAUGGUCUGCUCCUGGACAUAUUUCUCCUUUGACGUUACACAGCCAGCCAUCACUUUUAUAUGCAGAGCAACCAAAGAGCCCCUGGUGUGAAACAAGACCAGUGGAUCAUGCACUGCCUAUGAACAGAGAGACAUUGAAAAGAAAACCGAAUGGCAGUGAUUUUACGAGUCCUGCUGUGAACAGUCCUGGUUCCAAAAGAGAUGCACACUUCUGUGCAGUCUGCAGUGAUUAUGCCUCUGGAUAUCACUAUGGAGUUUGGUCUUGUGAAGGAUGUAAAGCAUUCUUUAAAAGAAGUAUCCAAGGACACAAUGAUUACAUCUGUCCCGCUACCAAUCAAUGCACAAUAGAUAAAAAUAGGCGUAAGAGCUGUCAGGCAUGUAGACUACGGAAAUGCUGUGAAGUAGGAAUGAUGAAAUGUGGUUCAAGAAGAGACCGUUGUGGGUAUCGUAUCAUACGCCGUCAUCGGAAUUCAGAAGAUCAAGCGCAUUGCAGUGGCAAAGCUAAAAAAAAUAGUGAAAAUGCAACUCGAGUGAAAGAAAUCCUUCUUAGUGCACUUAAUCCUGAACAGUUUGUUUUAACAUUACUUGAAGCUGAACCUCCUAAUGUGUUGCUGGUGAGUCGCCCCAACAAGCCAUUUACAGAAGCCUCCAUGAUGAUGUCUUUGACAAAACUUGCAGACAAAGAAUUGGUUCACAUGAUUGGUUGGGCCAAGAAAAUUCCUGGCUUCAUAGAGCUCAGUCUGUAUGACCAAGUGAGGCUCUUGGAGAGUUGUUGGAUGGAAGUUUUAAUGAUGGGUCUGAUGUGGAGGUCGAUUGAUUAUCCUGGCAAACUAAUUUUUGCACCAGAUCUUGUAUUAGACAGGGAUGAAGGGAAAUGUGUAGAAGGAAUUCUGGAAAUCUUUGAUAUGCUCCUAGCCACAACGUCUAGAUUUCGAGAGCUGAAAUUACAACACAAGGAGUAUCUGUGUGUUAAGGCUAUGAUUCUUCUCAAUUCCAGUAUGUUUUCAUUAUCAGCUGCAACAGAAGAACCUGAAAGCAACAGGAAGCUACAUCACUUGCUUAAUACAGUAAUUGAUGCUUUGGUGUGGGUUAUUUCAAAGAGUGGAAUCCCCUCUCAGCAACAGACAACUCGCAUGGCUAACUUGUUGAUGUUACUUUCUCAUGUCAGGCAUGCAAGUAACAAAGGUAUGGAGCACCUUCUGAGCAUGAAGUGUAAAAAUGUGGUUCCAGUCUAUGAUUUGCUACUGGAGAUGCUGAAUGCACACACACUUCGAGGUCAAAGAAAGUCUGCAGUUACAGAUUCUGACUAUGUCCCAGCAGAACAAACUGAUACUAGAGGCAGUACUUGGAAUAUGGCAGCACAAUAACUUUAUAGUUACUUGGAAGAUCAGGUUUGUAAGAAAGUGUGAAGCAAAACACCAUUGUUUAGAGGUAUAGCAAACUUGAUAUGUCUCAUGAAUCUUAGACAGCUUUUUUGUGUCUGUUUUGUGAACCUACUUUUAGUAUUUGAACAUUCUUUGUGCAUGGUACUCAAUGCUUACAGGUUGACUUGACUGCUUAGUUGUUUUCAUCUAAUACUAAAUUUGAAAAUUUAGUGUCACUGAGAUUAAUGUGCUGUUUUGUACAUUUAUACUGACAAUGUAUAGGUAUGAAGGAUCAAGAAAUUGAUGUUUAUUAUAUGCAUUUAGUAAAAAGAAUGUGAUACAACCCCUUUAUUUUUUUGAAAAUGAUUUCCUAGGCAAUUUCACAAUCUUCCUUUCACUUCCAUUAUAAAUCAAGAAUUUUCUAGCAGUCUUGUCAGGUUCAGGGGGUUCUGGUAAUGCAUUGUACAUACCUGUAGGGAGUGGUAGAAUGAGUAGAGCGGCAUUUCAACUGAGAUCUGCUUUAACUUACAUGACUCAGUUUUGCCCACUUACUUUCAAGAGGAAGUUCCAUGUAAGUUGCAUUGCUAGGGAAGCUCUAUGUUAUGCUUUUGCAAUGCUCUUAAAGGAAUCCUAAAUGAGAGAAGGGAAAAACGCCUCUGGGAGGUGGACUACUCCAUGUGUGGCAAUUUAUCUGCAUUUCACUAAAAACGCAGUCAUAUAAAAUAUCUGUCUUGUUGAUUUCUGCAGCUGUCUAAGUUGCAUUCAGUCUGAGAGGACAUAAUAUGGCCAUAGCCUCCGCUGGAAAAUAAAAUAUUUUUCUAUCAUUUGCUUGUGUAAUAUUUUGUCUCAUGCUGCAAUUAAAUUAAUUAGUCUUUGAUAAUAACACUGGAGAUUAAUGGACUUGACUAGAUACCACAGUGAUUACUUGUAUAUUGUGGUCAUUUAGGUGUGUGAUUAAAUUAGCGGUUGAUUUGAUGCCCAUGUAAGUUGAUGGAGAGACUUUCUGGUGAUUUCUAUGGAAAUUAUGGCAGGCUCUUAAGAGGGAAUUUUUUUGUUCGUUCAUUCACUGGUUUAUGUCACUGGCAUAUUCUGACUAUUAUUCAGGUUUUUUAUGUUGGCAUUUUGAAGUCAGGGAUAUUGUGUUUUACAGGAAGGCUGAAAACACUUGUGUUUAAUGAAUCAGGCUCUGUUCUGUAGACUUGUUUUGAUCUCAUACUAUACCAAAUGUUGAGGACCGUUUUAUUUCAGACUUGUUACUUAAAAAAAAAAAGACAAGUAUACUAGUGCGGCAGCAACUGUAACAAAUGGAAAGAGAAAAUGCAGGGAUAGUUUCGAAUUCAUUGAUGCCUGUUUUGAUUGCAACUGUAGUAAGCACUACAUGUAGUCAGCACUACAUAUAGUCAUCUAAAAUUUGUUAAAAGGUGUGGUUACAUUUUGGCCUAACCACUUGUCCCAUUGGUCUUUUUUCUGUUUGGAAGCUCUGUUUAACUCUAUACGUUCUUUUAAAAAAUUGUAUGAUUGUACAUGAAUCCAGGACUUGUUUUUACACAUUACAAACAUAUGGCCAAAAAAGAAAACUAACUGUUUUAAAAACCAUUUCAAAAUGCCAUUUCCAAGUAUCUUUUAUUUGAUUUUUAGCAGCUUUCAUAUUCAGGAGGUGGUGUAAUUGUAACUUUGUAAUUUUUAGUUUAUUUUUGCUGAAACAAUAUAGAAAGGUCACUUUUCAUAAUUUUUCUCCUUUUAAGUCUCACUUUUUCACUUGCAUAUGUUCUUUGGUGCAAUAGCUGACAUUUAAUAUAGAUAUAUGCAUUUUAUGUUCUGUGGUUAAAUAAUGUACACAAGGAAUCUGUUAAAUACAGUUAGUACUGUAAAAAUAAUUAGUUGCAUGACAAGACGUUUACUUUAUAAAAAAUGAGCAUAUAAUUUCUUGUCUAAGAAGCUGAAUUAAUCAUGGCCUGUAUCUCUCCAAUAUUUUUUCCAGAAUGAUAACAGAUUCCAGUCUCAAUGUGUGACUGUGUCAUCUUUUCUGCUGUGUAUCUGCAUUAGAAACUGGAUUUUUCUCUUAUUCUUUGUUUUUAAAACAUGAAUGAAUUGAGCACUUAUGAAAGUGAAGGACCAGUGAGCAAGCAAUAGGUUAUACAGGUGCUCUGUUUCAUCUUAUUCCUCUCUACUUCAUCCCUUGCUCCUCAGUCCUGGGCUUUCAAGCAGAAAGAUGCUAACAACCCCUCAACUUCAUCUCACAUUUAAGAAUUUUAAAGAGCAUCGGCAUCCUUAAAGGGCAGGCCCUUUAUUUCCAGGGCCUAUUUCUGCAAAUGCACCCCUAUAAUCUAUUUGUGCACUGCAGUAGCCAAAAUGUUUGACUUUAUCGAUUGUAACAUUUUUGAAUUCUGAGUGUUUGAAAAGCAUGACCCAAAAUGCAUGCGCCUGAAUCUCUGAGGUUGUAUUAUUGUCCAUAUGAUACCAUGCAGAUAUAUACUGAAGUAUCCACCCCAAGAUAUAUUUUGGCUCUGGUGUACUAACAAUGUGGUUGUAAUUACAGCAUAGGAUUUUAAUGAACAAAAGGUGUGCCAAAAAUAUGUACUCUGAGGAACCUACAAUGUGAAUGAAACAAAUAUACAUUCAUAAGUUUUUUUUAUAUUUUGGCCAAGAUUUACAAGUGGCUAGUGAUUGUUGGGUGCCUCCACUUUUGAGUGGCCAACUUGAGAUACCUUAAAGCAGUGGUUCCCAAACUUUUUGGCAUCACGCCCCCCCCCCCCUUUUGAUUUUUGAGAAACCCUCACGCCCCUCCCUCCCUCCCAAAAAAAUAGCAGCAAACCUUAGGGUGGGAUUCACAGGGUAUGUGUGUGGAGGGGGCAGGGUUGCCUUAUGCCCCCCCCCCUGGAAUUUCUUCACGUGCGCCCCCCAGUUUGGGAACCCAUGCCUUAAAGGGAUACAGUUGGCUUUUAUCCCAGUCUUUCCUGAAGUUUCUCAUCAGAGGGAGUGUUGAGGCCAGCUGAUGAGAAGACAGAUGGCAUUAUGGGAGGGCUCAGGCUGGCAGAAUGUUCGAUAGGAGCCUGUUCUAGCUGGCGUACCUUAUGGUUACUUUACCUUGUAUGGGGAGAGGUUGGCAGGAGGCAGAAGGAUUUUCCUCCUUUACACUCAGCACAGCUGAGGAUUGUGACCUUAUUAUAAAUAGAAUGGAUGCUUGUAUUGCUGCAGAGGUGAGAGGUUGCGAAUAAUAAGAACAUAUCUAUUUUCCCUUCUUUAAGAAACAGGCAUGUUACAUUGUUGUUUCUAUUCAUAUCCCAUUAAGUUUUUGACUCAGCAAGGAAAUUAACCAUGUGCUUAAGGCUGACACGGUUCCUAAAAUGAUAUUGGAGAAAAUUAUAUAGGCAUAUACAAGCCAAGAAGGAUUGUUGAAGUGUAUACUGAACAUUACAUAUAUUUGUAUAUAAGCCCACAAUUCAUCUGAGAGGUCUUAUCAUAAAUUAUGCUUUAGAUAAUUGCAAUGUUUGUAUAUUUCUUUGAACAACAAAAAUAGCUAGAUAUUAGAAACUUAUCUUUAAUGCUUCAAUACAAUGACAAAUCUAAAAAAAAAAAUGAUAAAAUGGUUCUACUCAUUUAACAUUUUAGCCAUGUAAAUAAAGGUGAAUUUAUGGGCAAUGUUAAAACACAUUCAUUUUUAUCAAAUUUUACUAAUAAUAAAUUGUAGUGAUUCAAAAGGAGUGCUGUAGCAUCUACGCUUUUACUUCUAGCUACACAUAUUUUAAAAAACAUUUGCAGUCAUUGUUACCAAGAGUUAUCUAAAUUCCCGGUGUGCUGUGCUCAGAAUCAGUUCUUGUUUUCUCAAAGCUUUUAGGACUGUCACUUUAGUAAGAUGCUAUUUUUAGUGGUACUGGCUAAAAUAAUGACUUUUCAUAUUUUUUGUGGUUUGCUUUCAUGAAAAGCAGUUAGCAUCUCUGUGAAAUGUUAAUACAGUAUUGUGGUUGUGAAUGUAUGCUGUUUCCAUAGUCUUGUAUUUUAAACCCAGUUUCACAUAUGUAUCUUCACUGAAAAAGUUUUAAAAAUGUUUUUAGAAUUGAAUUUGGUGCCUUUUUAAAUAUUUUGUGAAUGCCAAAUCAAGUGGAAAAAGUUACCUUAUCUCAGCUGCUUUUUACUUCUGUAGACUGAUGGUAUUUUUCCAGUAAUGUGUGUAUUUUAUUGUAGAUUUUUGUGGUGGAAUAAACAAGUAUCAUAUAAAGUGUAAUGUAUUUUUUUGGUAGUAGCAGCUUAUUAAUAAGUUACUAGAAUGAGUAUAAUUUUAAAUCAUAGACUUGAAUUUUCUCUUACAUUAUGUGCCUUGACAUGCCAUAUGUUUUCUUAAAACAUUGUUUUCGGUUGCAACAAUGAAGGAUGAGCUGGAAGUUUUGAGUUAAACUGAUCCUGAUGCAGCCCUACAUCCCAAAAGCAAAAAUAGUUUUCUGUAGUUCACUGGAUCUAUUAGAAAUAAGUGAUCUGUAGUCUGUGAUCCACAAGAAAUGGCUAGUUUCCUGAAGAGCAAAAUAGUUAUUCCUGAAGUCUGUAGUUUUUCUUAUGCCCAGCUUUUCCUCAUGCACAGCAUCUAUUUGCAAAACUUUUAAUUCUUUAUCUUAAAAAAUUAUUUCAACAGCCAGCAGUCCAACCCUAAGAAGGAACCCUACAGUGUCAAAACUAUAAAAGGGUAAUUGUACUCAACCAUGAGUAAAAGUAACUUUUGAAGUCUGAAAGAUAAUUUGAUAAGGUUCCUUUCAACUUAUUGCUUUGGACAUUUUGAGAUAUGAUACAAACUCCUUGUAUAUUAUAUAUCACAUUACCCUGGUAAUUUGAUAGAAUUGUACAUAAUGAAGGUAAAUUGCAAACUAUGAAAUUUUCCAUAGGCCUUUUAAUCUUCUACAGAUUUUCUCUUAGAAAAGUCACUUAAUGGCAUACGCACUGCAUAUUGUCUGUCAGCAAUUUAAAACCAAUAAUUGGCAAAAAGCUUUACAUGGGUGUUUAUAACACACUGGAAAAGCAAAAGGAAAGAAUGGCUCGAUUUGGUAAAGGUGUAAAGAACUAAAAGUACUGAUGCUGUAGACAAGAUAAAAAUAAUCAGCUUCAAAACAAAGUAUAGUAUAAUGGGGUAGGGAGAGGAAAGAGGUGAUAAUCACCUUUCUAACCUACACUGAUAAUGGCUGCGUCUAGACUGGCAGGUUUUUCCGCAAAAGCAACUGCUUUUGCGGAAAAACUUGCCAGCUGUCUACACUGGCCGCUUGAAUUUCCGCAAAAACACUGACAAUCUCA